GUGCAAAUAUAUGUGUCAGAAGUGCUUGAUUGGCACAAGGAUCUAAAUUCUCAGCAAAAAUGGGAUGAGAAAACUUAUUCUCCCACAAGGAAGAAACUCUUGUCUGCUUUGGAGAACAUCUAUGGAUACAAUCCUGAGGUUUUGUUGAAGCGCCUUCCAGUAGAUGCUUUAUAUGAAGAACGAACAAUUUCUUUUGGGAAAGAUGAACCAACCUUUCGAUAUACGUGCACAAG